AUUCCUCUUUAAAAUCACUGGAAUAAAUUAUUAAAUUAAAUUAUAAAAGAUUUUUGAACAGUUGUUUUAUAGUGUAAUGAAAUUUCCCUCUUUUACAAUUUGUACUGUAUUUUUGAUCAAAUAAAUGCAGCCUUGGUGAGCAGUAGAAGCUUGUUUUAAAACCUUUAAAAAUCCAACUGAACCCAAAGUAAACUUUAGUGGACAUAAACAUUAAAUGGUUAGAAGAGUAAAUCAAACAGGAGUGAAGAUGAAUAUGACCGCUAGAGCGCACUCUAGCCAUACCACUAAAACGCCACUUGGACAGGCGAAGAAAAAGAAGAAAAGGGAGGAAAAAAUCUCGAAACAAAGAACUGCAAAAGUUUUUACGGUUAAAGCAAGUUCACGGAGACUAUGCAGACAAAACUGAGCUUUUGUUUAUAAAGGCAGCAACUAAACGCAUGCGCCUGAGCCUUUCUAAAGCGCAGCAAUGAUAACGAGGAUGAUCAUUUGUUCAGCGCUUUCCCACUGCGCGUUUACAAACUGACUCAUACUGUCAGCGUUAUCUCUCAUCAGAAAGAGGAAAAGCUGGAUCCCCCCUCAUAUUCCCCAGGGGUCUUUCUCUCUCUCUAACCCCGACCCCAUGCUUUAGUCCCGCCCUCAAUCCAAGCAACUAUCUGCAUGUAAAAAAAGCCACAAGUCACGGAAACCCUUAAUUGUGACCAAAAAUAAGACCGAGCGCACUUAUUAUUCAAGCUGGAAAUAAAGCAUGCUUCAGAAGGAAGACAGUCGGAGGAGGAAAUGGGAUUUACUUUGGAAAACGCAAACCAUUCAAUCGUUUCUCUAGUGUGUUUUGGGCUGAAACACUUGGGAGUUUUCUCAAACUUUGAGCCCUUUCUGAAUGCAUGGAUGAGGGAGGCAAACAUGCGCAAAGGUCUGGAUGUAUAACUGUUUUACUAAACAAUCAUCUGUUGUUCGUGACCAAUUUUUUUGUAUUCCUCUGCGGGAAACACUGCCAAGCAACUUUUGUGGUUAAAUGGGGGCAUUGUGAGUUGUUUUCAGGGGGGGUAAAGGCGAGCACGGAAAAAGGAGGAGAAGAAAAGUUUGGACUAUUUAUCAAUGAACUAAGAGAAUAGACAAGUGGGAGGACAGGCAUCGCGAUGGCUGAAAGGGAGACUGAGAGAAAAGCGCCUGUAUAUAGAAGCGUCUCUUUUAAAAAGUUGGAGAGCUGGAGCGCCAAGAAGCGCAGAUCAUUUGGAGAGGAUUUGGAUAGGUGCGGUGCCCUUCCCCCAGAGCACAGCGCGCAGCCAUCACAGGCGACGCACGCUGUUACUGUAUCCAGAAAAGUUUCCAAAAUCUCAGCGGCCAGCCUCUCGACCGCAGACCUCAAGAAAGCCUCUCCUGGAAUAUCUCCAUCGGUUCGGCAGCUCUCCGAGAAGUUUAACUCGAGCACAACCGGCACGCAGAGCUCAUUAAUCAACACUGGAGGCGUUAAAAACACAAAAAGCGCCGAAGAUUUGUCUUUGAGCGAGAGCGGCUGCCUAUCCGAGGAGUUUUCGGAGUCUGCGACCGAGAAACUCAAGGAGACUGUUAGAUAUAGCUCGGCUCAAGAGUCGGUGUCAGGGUCGGAUUCGGACAGAGGAGAUAAACACAGGCUCUGGAAGACUGUGGGAGGCACGAGCACAGGGAGCCCAACAUGUAAUUCUCGUCGUUGCUAUCAUCCAUCAUAUGGAGAGACUAUUCAUGUUGAUGCGAACUGGCCUAGCGUUACUAAAAUUAGAGAACUAUUUGGGGAUGGACGCAGAAAGCAGCAUAGAUCGACUUCAGAUGCGGAUGACUUGAAAUCAGCCUGUCAACAGCUACAGCAUUUCGACGCUAAAGAGGGCCUCUCAACUCCAGACAAAAGUGACAAACCAUUCCCCCACCAGCCGAGGGGAGCCUGGCAAGAUACAAACAGCUCUCAUUAUGACAACAGUGCAUUGUAUGAGGACUAUUCGAUCUCUGACUUCCAAACUUUAAGUGCUGAAAGCCAUUCCUGUGAGAUUUUUAAUUGCGGUUCAACUCCUGCUGGUAGAACGACCGCUUUGCCCCUCAGGUCUCACCGUUGGCAGGAGCAGAGACAGAGGGCAGAGCAGCCACAGCCACUGGAUAGCUCACAUUCCUUGCAUAACUCCUCUAAACCACAGACAGGGCCCUCCGUGGAGCUAGCCAUUGCUCUGAGCUCAGGAGAAGAGGAGCUAAGCGGACGGACAGGCGGAAAGUUCCCACAAAACAAGCAUGGCACCAGGGCUAAGUUGAGAGGAAGGUCUUCAGGCAGUGAGGAGGACAGCCCUGCUGCGCUAGCUCACAACAACCGUGACGUUAGACGCCGCUCACUAAGGAAGAAGAAGAAAAGCAGUUGCAGCAGAGACAAUGAAGAGUCCGAUGAUAGUGACGAGCAGCCUGUAAUGAUGGAGCCGUGUGAUUCUCAGCCAGUGGGCCGCAGGAUUGAGGGUUUCCGUUCUAGGGGCUGUUAUACAGGCCUGUCAUGGGCACGAGACAACCCAUCACAGCGGUCCCACAUGACUAAGGAAAACUUUAGGCACAUAUAUAGAAACUUCGAGGGGUCAGUUGGAGCUAGUCCUGUUCCUCAGGUGUCACGGGUUUCAAAAGUCACCAUACCUUCAUUUACAUCUAGUCCAUUAGGUUCUAGAAGUAGCAGCAGGUAUUCUAGCACAGAGACAUUAAAAGAAGAGGAUAACAUUAACAGCUUUGGCAGAGCCUCAUCCGCUGUUUUGAGUAAAACAUACCAUGGCAAUGCUACUAUGUACCGCUCACCUAGUUUCGGUCAUGGAGAUAACUUUUCCCGUGGCCCAGUUCGUGUUCGCCCUAAGAUUGUGCCCAGCCUUAACCCAGCAGACUGUAAAACGGGUAGUUCAGAAAACCGAGUUUUCAGCAACUCUUUAAAUAAUGAAAAAGACAGAAAUAGGAUUUCCCUGUCCAACCCUGACAUUGCUUCGGAAACACUGUCACUUCUUAGCUACCUUAAGACUGAUCUUUCAGAGUUAAGAAUGAGGAAAAAGGGACAAGACGAUGAGGAUAGUCUGAACUCUGAUCAAGGCACAUCUGUGUACAGAAUGGGCUCCAGGACAAAUCGACUUCACCCUGGGCGUCCUUCCUUGAAGGAUCUCACUGCCACUUUAAGAAGGGCAAAUUCUUUUACUUACUCUGAGAAGCCAAUAGUACAGCGAUAUUACGGUAGUGGACCAGGCUUAAGGAGUUCCUCUGAACAAAGACUCGACUCUGAAGGCAGUGGUGAGCAGGUGAUAAUUGCUGACAGAGAAGUGGAAAGCGAUGACUGCAGAAGUUCUUAUGGAUACGAUGAGCCAAUGCCAACACCUUUACAAGACCGUUAUUUGCAGGAAGCCAGACAGGUAAUAAGAGACAUUUGUCAAAUGGGUGAAAGUAAGGAUGAUGAUUAUGUGGAGGACAAUUUUAAAACAAAACCCAGUGACGCUAAAAUAAAUAAUGAAGAAGGCGAUGAGACGAAGCAGGAGGUAAGGAGACUUGAAUACCCUGUUUUUACUGGGUGCAAGGAAGAGGAGGCUGAUGGAAAAAGUGGAAAAUGUUUACAGAAGGGAAAUUCAGAGGAGAACAUGUUCUGUGAUAAGUCAUUGGAUGAACUCUCUGGUCAUGAAUCUAGUCUGACAGAUGAAGGAAUUGUCACAGAGCCAGAGGUUGGCUCAUAUGGGGGGCUGUCCUGCAGUAAAGACGUGCUGGGUCAGACCCUCGCCGUUUGGAAUCAGUCAGGGUUGUACGAUGAGCAAUUGCCUGAUACAACACCAGAGGAAUCUCUUUCAUCUCAGAUUCCGUCUGUUAGGACGGAGUGUGAGGGAGUAGCCAUAGGAGGAGACAUUAGCAGCAGUAAAAAUGUAAACCAGGGGGCCUUAGAGGCUCCAAAUACUCCUAGUGCCAUUCGCAGACGAAGGAAAUUUUCCUCAGCUGGAAACAACGGCUCAGACUCCAGCAAUGGCAGUAAUGGGGAGUCGAACGGUGAAUCUGCGUACCGCUCCUUGAGUGAUCCCAUGCCUCAUAGACACCGUUCAGUCACAGAGGAUGGAAAGAGCUUCUCGAUGGACAGCAACCUGCUUGGCUCGCUUUCUCUAAACUCCAAGGUGGGUGGUAUGGAGUCUUCUGCAGCAGAUCUUUCUGAAUACACAGGCAGCGCUGCCAGUGAUCUUUCCGUGUGUAGCGACAGUCUGAAAGACUACAGUACUGUGAUUCAGAGCAUUGUAUGCGAGCCUGGUGCAAUGGACAAUCUUAUUGACGAAAAAGCGAAUGGCAAGGCUGUGAAGAAGAAGAGCUUUAGUGACCCUAGCCGACGUGGAGAAGAAGUGGACACAGUCCUGGAAUUUCAAAAGCAUCCAAACGAGCCAAUUAAUGAGCAAGAACAAUCCAUACCACCUUCUAGCAGCGAGCCCAUCUUAUCAGAGCAAAGAGAUGAGUUGUGGGCGCUAAAUAGUGAACAACGACAGCAUUACUGUUCACCCAGAAGGUCUCGUUCACAGUCUGAGCAUGUUUUGGCAUCCCACCUGGGUCACAAUGGAGAAACAAAAGCAGCAGGUGAGCCCUCCUUUCCUUUUGACCCUAAGCUAGCUCAUGUGUUGUCUCCUCGCAUCAGUCGCAGAAGCCCCAAGAAACGCACAAAUCGCUUUACACAUCAGGUGUCUUGUGAUGAUGCGGAUCACUUAGAUGAACAAAGUGAAGAGCAAUCCAAUGCAUCCUCCCUCCCCCAGCUUCCAUCCUCAAAACCCAAACCCAAGCAUGUACGUCACGCUAGUGAACCUGCCACAUUUGUGCCCAUCAUUCCUUCACAUGGCUCACAGGACCUCCCCAGGUCAUCCCAUGUUACAGAGUCCUCUCCAACCAACAAAAUAGCUCUAGGGGAGGACACUCCAUCAUUGGAGGAUGUCACUGAGCAAUACAUCUUGGCUGUAAAUUCCCCAGAGACCCCGACAGAGACCCCUGCGGCCACUAGUGGGGUGAUUGUGGAGGGAACUACUUCGACACCUUCAGCUCCAGCCACCGCUUCUGAGACGAGACUAGAGAGGAAGUCCAGCGAGGAACUUUCCACUGCCCCUCUGAAGGCCAAACCAAGAGUG